UGGUGCAGAUGUGUCGCGUGUCGAAAUCGAUAUACUUUCCCGCGUUUUCGAUUGUCAUAUUUUAAAAACUUUUCUCGAUUAGUGUUGUGCUUUCGUGUAACAAUGACUAGUUUCAGUGUUACUAAUAUGUGUUGUUAAUAUAACAUUUGUGUUUGUGCUAGCAGUUGUGAAGUUUGUAGUUAUUCACAAUAGAGGAUUUUCAAGUUGAAUGUCAUUUUUUUUCCAUCCAGAAGUGACUCAACCUUCAACAUUGCAGUAACCAUAAAGUACGUAUUUAUGAAAAGCUGCUGAUGCCCUUCGAUAUUUCAAGCUGAUUAUAUGAAUAUCAACAAUGAGGAUAACAUUAACUCUGCUCGCCGUAUACUGCCAUAUACUGUUCUCCAGUGGUAGUGGUAGUGCCAGUAGUGGCGAUGACAGACGAUGGUUUGUCUCGCUGGUAGACUUGGUGGAGCUAGACUAUGAGGAUCAUUGCGAACAACGAGCUACUGCGAUGUGGGAAGAGCUUACUGGUGUUUAUAAAGGAUUGGCAACUAAACUGGAACGAGAUAAAGCAUUUGGCAUAUUCGUUCGGUUACAAACUACAGACGUAAGGAGUGCCCUAACAGAUCACACGUUUGCUUCAGAAGAUGAUGUAUUAAGAAGAAAAGUUAAGCUACUAUUGCAACCUGGUGAUACUUUGUUGGAGACUGAACAGUGGAUUCGGCUGGUAACAUUUGGAGAUAACGCGAUGAACAAAAUGAGGUUUGCAACAAACUACGAUUGCGGAGCUAUUGCCAAUUGUUCUAUGAGAGAACUCCAUGCUUACAUGUCACGACAAGAAAACGAGGUAAUACUCCGCCGAAUGAAGAAGUCUUGGGAGAAGAACCUUCCUGACCUAAUUGAAUACGUAGAUCAUAUUUUGCCGCUGCUGAGGAACUCUUCUAAGGAAAACGAUUUCCGAUCAGUUGAAGAAUAUUGGGAUGCGUUAGUCGAAUACGAGGGCGCUUUACUAAAAGCAAGAGAACUGUGGGAUAAUAUCAAACCGUUGUAUGUGAAACUACAGAAGUACGUUGUUCUAAGAUUGAUGGGAGCCGAUGCUGUUGGGAAACCAUUGCCAGCGCAUUUAACGAGAUCGCUGAUUGGAGAUGAGUGGACGCAUUUGAUAGAGAACCUGUUACCGAAACACCCAGACGUAUAUCAGAAGAUCCAUGCGAAUUUGCAGCUAAAGGAACUAGGUGGUUUAAACGCCUUUCAAGCAGCAAACAAACUCAUUCAAGAACUAAAUCUAGGUGGCAUUGAACUAGAUACCUGGUCGGAAUCGUCUUUCAAUGGGAGUUGCCCACCCGUUUUAGUAGACUGGUGUAAACCCAAUAAAGUCAGAGUGGUUUCAUGCAAAGAUGUCAGCAUAGCAAAUUAUUUAGACGCUCAUGAAGCUGCAAUGAAGAUUAAAUACAAAGAAACCUCCGCUUUACAUAGUAAUAAUACUUACAUCUUAAGAGAGGCGCCUCGAUACUCAGCUGUCUACGAAGCCAUUCCUGGAUUUGCAUCUCUUCUUGCAAUAAACCCUCAUGCUUUGAAUCGAGCUGGAUUGUAUCCAUUAACGAGAUUCAAUUUUAAUCCUAAUCAUCAUCGAUUAGUCUUGCAGCUGAUUAUGGCAUUGAGAGACUUACCUAAAUUAAACUAUUACUUAGCUGCAGACGAAUGGAGAUUGAAAGUUGUAAUGGGUACUAUCCCGAAUGCCAAAAUAUCAACCAGCUGGAGCGAAUUCCGUAAAAACUUUUCCCUAAUCGAAACUUCUAACGUGGACAUGCUUGGAGAUCCUUAUAUUGUUUUCAAUAAACCUUAUAUUGGAAAAUUUUUGGGUUUGAUCCUGAAGUACCAAAUUUACCAAUCAUUUGCCGAAGAGCUGCCAUCUGACGAAUCUGAUUUAAUAAAACAAGUUGCUGAAAACAGCGUCCGAGUAACAGAUGCAAUGAUGCAAGGCUUCGGUGUAAUCUGGCCAGAAUUAGUGAGUGAUCUGCUAGCAAAACGAGAAAAUGGUUUAGAAUAUACGGGGAUCACAGACUAUUACAGAUUGCUUGAUGAGUACUUAGACAAUCAAUUAGACCCAAUGCCUGAUUCUAACGCCAUCGAUGACUAUGUGGAGGCUUUGGACGCUGAUGUUUUAAAUGAGAUUCCGACACCUCAAAACGAGCAAGACGCACCCGUGGUUGAAGAUACACACGAAGAUAUACUUCAAAAUAUGAUUGAAAAUUAUGAGAAUCCACGAUUUGGUGCAGAAACAUCAACUGUAGCAGUUAUGGAAAUAAAAAAUCCGCCUGGGGGCCAACAAGAAACCCCUCCCAAAGAGGCUUCGUACAACACGUAUUGGUGGAUAGGUAUAGCUGUCGCUGUAACUGUCGUUGCGGUACUUAUAGGAAUAAUUGCAAGAAAACGACACAGUCACAGAAAACAGCUAGAGAAACAGAGGAGAGAAAACACUCGUGCCUGAUUUGAGGAGUAUCGGUUCUAGAAGUGGAACCGGUAUUUCGUUUUAAGACUAAACAUUAGUGACAUUGUGCCAAUACGUGUUUUAAACAGUUUGCGGUUGAAGUAUAAUCGACAAUCGUUCCAUGUAUCGUUGUUAAUUUAGGUUUUAUGGUUUCUGUAAUAUGCUUGUUAAAUUAGAAAUUUUCUUUUCUUUAGCUGUGUUAUUUGGGCAUGCCAUUAUUUAUUCUACUUAUUCUGAGGUGCUCUAAUGUACUAAAUUUGUAUCACAAUAAUUGCAUUUAUUUCCGUCUCGUUUACAAUAUUCUUAGAGUGUUGAUAUUCCAUUUCACUGUUACUUUCUUUGCUGUUAUAAAGAUAGUUAGGAUAAAUGGAGAAAUAUUUUUGUACAUAUCACAACUUGCAAGAUAGUAUUAAACAUUGUUACCAAGAGUGUCUAUAAAAUAAAAUGUAAAUGAUAGUUAGUUGUAAUUUCGCUGUGCCUUAAGCGUCUCAAUUUCUAAUAAGUAAGAUGCGUAAUAAUAUAAUAGGAACGAUCAAAUUUGUGAAAAUAAAAUGUAAUUUUAUAAAUCUCUAUUUUACUCAAAUCUAACAAUUUUCAGACCAAAUUGUAAAGUAUUUAAUUUAGUUGUCUUAUUAAUUUUUAAAAUGUGUUAACAUUAAAGUA